UCUUGCUGCUUCAAAACAGCCCCGCAAUGGCUUCCCCUGUCGCCCACUCAUUUCAACUGUAUCUCUUUUUCCUUGCCCUAGUUUGUCCCCUCUUUGUGGUCGAAGCUAAUUUAAUUCUCCACCCUUCGGACUUGGAUGCUCUCUCCACACUUUGGACCAGAUUCAGUUUUAUCACUCCUCAACUCCAUAGUUCAGAUUCAAGAAAUGGAAAUCCCUGCUAUGAGAUCACAGGUAUUCACUGUGAGAAGAGAAUCUCCACUGAGUCGCCGCCGGUUCUUCGAGUUACUCAGAUCUUCUUCGAAUCUCGAGGCCUCAACGGAUCUCUCUCUCCUUCCAUCGGACGGUUGUUGGAACUCAAAGAGCUCUCCUUGUCAAACAACUACCUCGUUGACCAAAUUCCAUCACAAAUCGUUGAUUGCCAGAAGCUUGAGAUCUUAAACCUUCGGAAUAAUCUCUUUUCCGGCAAGGUUUCAUCGGUGUCCUCCCUCGUGCGUCUCCGCUCUCUUGAUCUCUCUUCAAAUAGGUUUUCUGGUGACCUGAAUUUCUUAAGAUAUUUACCCAAUCUUGAGAAUCUCUCCCUCGCUGACAAUUUUUUCUAUGGAAGAAUACCAAAUUCACUACGAUCUUUCCGAAGUCUUCAAUACCUGAAUCUUUCGGGAAAUAAUUACCUCCAAGGGCCCGUCCCAACAAUUAACCAAAUUGGCUAUUUUGACUCCCCCAGGUUGAAGAUCAAAACCAGAACUAUUAGUCUCCCCAAGCGCUACAUAUUGACCGAGAAUUCCUCAAAGAGUAAUCAUGGAAUAGGAGGGGUUGCUAUUGCACCAUCACCAUCGUCCACUAGUAAAUCAAAAUCCUCCAAUGCCGAGGCUCCAUCCACUUUUGCAUCCCCCAAACAUCAUACGAGCGAAAGAAAACUCAAAAGUUCGAUCACCGGCUUCUUUUGUGGUGCUGCUGCAGGGUUAAUAUCGUGGUUGACACUGUCAAUUUUGUUCAAACUACUCUCGGUAUGCAUCAGAGGCAGAGUGAAAGGCUCAGGCCCAGUGAUCUUCAGUCCCUUGAUCAAGGACGCCGAGGCACUAGCCUUCCUCGAGAAAGAAGAUGGGUUGUCUUCGCUGGAGCUCAUCGGAAAAGGAGGCUGCGGAGAAGUUUACAAGACCGAGCUUCCAGGAAGCAAUGGCAAGAUCAUCGCCAUCAAGAAGAUACUUCAGCCUCAGCCUCAUUUUCAGCAGCCCACCGCUACACCUGAGCUUGUAGACGAAGAUAGCAAAUUCCUCAAUAAGAAGCUCCGGCAAAUCCGAUCGGAAAUCAAAACCGUUGGGCAAAUCCGACACCGGAAUCUCCUUCCUCUUCUAGCCCACGUGACCCGCUCGGAUUGUCAUCUACUGGUGUACGAAUACAUGAAGAAUGGGAGCCUACAAGACGUAUUGCAUCAGGUGUCACAGGGGACCAGGGAAUUAGAAUGGAAAGUGCGACACCAAAUCGCCAUUGGAAUCGCAGCUGGUUUGGAAUAUCUGCACAUGCACCAUAGCCCACGUAUCAUCCAUAGGGAUCUGAAACCUGCAAACAUACUCCUAGAUGACGAGAUGGAGGCUCGGAUCGCAGAUUUCGGUUUGGCCAAGUCCAUACCCGAUGCCAACACUCACGUUACCACAUCCAAUGUGGCAGGGACGAUGGGCUAUAUAGCACCAGAGUAUCACCAGACCUUAAAGUUCACGGACAAGUGUGACGUUUAUAGCUUCGGAGUGAUGAUGGCUGUACUAGUGAUGCGGAAACUACCGUCAGAUGACUUCUUCCAAGAGACGGACGAGAUGAGUUUGGUCAAGUGGCUUAGGAAAGUUUUGACCUCGGAUGACCCAACAAGGGCCAUUGAUGAGAGUCUGAUGGGGAAUGGAUACGAAGAGCAAAUGCUACUUGUUCUCAAGAUUGCUUGCUUUUGCACCGUAGACAAUCCCAAGGAGAGGCCCAACAGCACCGAUGUUCGAUGUAUGCUCUCUCAGGUUAAGCCAUAAACGACAUUU